AUGUUAAUAGAGAGAGCCGAGUCGAGGGAGAAUAAGAAGGAAAGAACGGUGAAGAGAGUUGAGAGAGUACUCGAAGAGCAUUGGUUGCGAGGGGAAAAGGAUAAAACGGUAGCGAGAAAGUCGGAUGAAGCUCGAGGCGAGUUGGGUGAGGCGAUUAGCUGGCCGGAGGGUUUUUGGAGGUGUCGAGAGUGGGAAACGCUGGAAUGGGAUAGUGGGGCGAGUGUAGAGACGUUCACGGGGUUAGGAGUCGAGAAGGAGUGGAUGUGUUGUGGGAAUGGAAUGGAAUUGCUGGCAUGCCUACUACCUACUUGCAAGUAUCUAACAACUAUCCAUCCAUCCAUCCAGCCAUCCAUCCAUCGCCAUCGUCAACAACGACGAUGCAUAGUGUUCGUUCGAUUGUAG